UUCAGCUCUAGAAGGAAGGAGCAGCGGUGAUAAAACGAGAAAAAUUGAAGUUUGAAUGCAAUUUUUCCGCCUUAAAUAGCAUCUGGAAUGCACUUCGCGAUAAGCUCCGUACCGCCUAACAUUUUCCGAAGUUCGCGAGCGGGAAAAAGCAGCGCCAAGACGAGAGAACACGCUGAAAUGUAGAUGUCCACGAGCAGCCGCAGCAGCAGCAAUAACAAAAGCAAAAGUGAAAUUAGCGCCGCCAGGGAAGUGCAAGUGGCCAAGCAAACGGCGGCGCCAUGGAAAAUCUCAAGAUAAGCGAUAAACUGUUCGAGGAUGUGAUUUACUAUGUGCUGGGAAACUUGGACGAAGAGAUCGAACGCUUUCUCAAAAGCGGGGGCGCGCAAUCAAAGUCCUUCGUAUCGGAUCAGAUCACGCAUAUGAUAUGCGCCUCCAACUACACCGAGGAGGAGUUGUCCAUGAACCUGGACCUGUACAGCGCCAUUCCCGUGACGGAGCAAUGGAUCGUGCACAGCGCCAAACUGGGCCGAAUGGCUUCGACGAAGGCCUUCGAUCCGAGUCCCAAUCAGAUGCGGCUCAUGCGCGGCAUACGGGUGGCCAUCACCAACGUGGUGGCCGGUGAUCGGAGGCGCCUCUACGCCAUGCUGACCUACCACGGUGCCGUCGUGACGCACAGCUUCGGGGCCACCAACACGCAUCUGGUAUGCGGAGCUGCCAACGGCGGCAUCUACAACAAGGCGCUGGCGCUGCCCAAGAAUGCCAUCAUCAUCGUCACACCUGACUGGGUGACGGACAGUCUAAAGUACAAGAACUGCAUGCCGGUGGAGAACUAUCAUCCCAGAUUACUUAAGCCCAUUGAAAAGCAAAGAACGCAGAAGCAGCAGGCCACUCAGCAGCAGCAGCAGAUGCAGCAACAACAAUUGCAACACCAGCAACAGCUGCAUCAACAGCAGCAGCAACAACAACAGCAGCAGCAGCAACAACAACAGCAGCAGCAGCAGCAACAACAGCUACAACAACAGAUUAUCCAGCAGCAGACUACUGCUACAUCCACACUCUCAGAUAUCCUUGGCUUUGGCGAGGACAGCGCAGCUGCCAAGAGUAUCGCGAGUAUCAAGUCUCAGCUGCAAGCCUCCGCCGAACAAAUCCAACAGCAACAGCUGCCCGUGCCCGCCCAGCAGCAGGUGGUAUUUGUGCGCCCCCAGCCACAGGCCCAGAAGCCAGCCCAACAGCAAUCCCCGCACCAGCUGCAACAAGGCGGUCCUCAGGCACCUGGACCAGCAACACACCCGCAGCAGCACCAACAACAACAGCUAAUAAUUCAGCAGCAAAAGAUUAUACCCGCCAAUCUGCAGCAACAGCCACCAAAUCAGCAGCAGAUCAAAAAUAUCCUGCAGCAGCAGAGGCAGUUGAAAAAUACGCAGCAGCAGCAGUCUCAGCAGCAGCAACAGCAACAAAUUCAAAUGAUUCAGCAGCAACAGCAGCAGCAGCAGCAGACUCUCAUGCAGCAGGAGCAACCGCAGCAUCCGCAGGCACUUCCACAGCAGCACCCACAGCCCCUCCCACAGCAGCUCCCUCAGCCCCUUCCACAGCAGCACCCACAACAACAUCCACAGCAGCACGCCCAGCAACUUCAACAACAGCAGCAGUCGCCCAGAAUGCCGACAACUCCAACAGGCCGGCAUACACCACGAACACCAUCCACAACGCCUCAGCCUGUUCAGUCUCCGCAGCACCAUCAGCAGAUAGUGCAACAGCAGGUGGGUCAGCAGCAAGUGGGUCAGCAGCAGACGAUAGUGCAGCAGCAGCAAAUAGUUCAACAGCAAGUUGUUCAGCAGCCGCAACAACAAUCCGUACCCGUUUCGCCGCAAAUGAUACACCAACACCUAAUGCGGCAGCAACAGAUUUUGAACCAGAAUCAAAUGCAGCUGCAGCAAAUCGUGCAAAGCGGACAAGCGUUGACCCCACAACAGCAGCAGCAGCAAAGACAAAUUCAGCAACAGCUUCAACAAGUCCUGCAGAACCAACAACAAUUGCAGAUGCAAAUGCAGCAGCAACAACAGCAGCAGCAGCAGAAUUUGCAGCAACAACAGUCCCCACGGAUGGUGCAAAACCGUUCGCCAGUUAUGCCGCCAAGUACGCCCUCGCCAUCGUUGCAGCAGCAGCAACAGCAGCAUCAUGCUACUAGCAAUAUGUUGCCACCACAGUCACCGCGCCAACUGCAAUCGCCAGCUCCACAGAUGACUCCGCCGCCUCCGCCCUCGCCGCAGAGCGCCCAACAACAUCACUUGCGCCAGCAGCAACAACAAAUGCAGCAGAAUCGCCAGCAGCACAUGAUGGGAUCACCGCAGCAGCCCCCAAUGAUGUCCCCGCAGCAACAACAACAAAUGCCCUUUCAACAGCCCGUCCAUCAGCAGCAGCGCAUGCAACUGCAACAGCAACAACAAUUGGCCCAGCAACAACAGCAGCAGCAACAGCAACAGAGUCCGCAGCACAUUUCGCCGCAGUCGCCCCAAAUUUCCCAAACUCCACCAAUGCAGGCCAAACUGCAUCAGCAUCAGGCUGUGACAGGACAUUCCGCUCAGCCGCAGCCGCAGUCAUUCUCCCAGCAGAAGCCCAUCGACCCAACGGAUCCUGUUCAAGUCGCUCAGGUGCUAAGCCGUUCUGCAUUGAGCAGCAAUCAGGACUCGCUAAUAAUGAGGCAACAACAAUUGAAGCAGCAACAACAAUUGCAACAGCAACAGCAAAUGGCACCGCAACCACAGCAGCAGAAUAUUGGACAGCAGCCGCAGCAGCAACAGCAGCCACAACAACAGCACACACCGUCACCACGGCAGUCUCCACUGCAGCAACAACCUACCACGCCGACGUUGCAACAACAGCCACAGCAACAACAACAAAAUCCUCAACAAAUUCAGCAACAGCAGCCACAACAACAACAACAGCAGGUCCUGACACAGCAACAACCCCAGCCUGGACAACAGCAACAAGUUAUCACCCAGCGCCACGUUAUUAACACAUCCACGGCACAAGGACAACAAAUCAUUCAAAGCCAUAUGUCUUUGGCUCUGCAGAAGCAGCAGCAAAUGUUGCAGGUUCAACAACAGACACAACAGCCGCAGCAGCAACAACAGCAGCUACCUCAAGUGCAGCAAAUUCCCUCGGCGCAGCAGCAACAGCAGCAGCUUCCCCAGCAGCAGCUACCGCAACAGCACGCGCAGCAACAAGUACAAUUUACACAGCAGCAGCAAAUUGCUCUUGGAGCUGGUGGUCAAGUGCGAAUAAUUCAGCAGACGAUACAGCGUCCACCAACCAAUGUCCAGCAACAACAACAGGUUCCACAACAACAACAACAACAGAUUAUUGGCCAAUUUCCACAACAACAGCAACUGCAACAACAACCUCAGCAGCAACAAAUUCUUGGAGUUCAGCAGCCACAACAGCAGCAGCAGCAGCAACAAAAAACAUUUAUUAUUAGUCAGCAGCACUUCAAUCAACUUAGCGUGCAACAGCAGCAGCAAAUUUUGGCUCAAAAUCCGCAAAGCCAAAACGUUUACGUGGUCAAUCAGACCCAACAGCAACUUGUGCAGCAGCAACAAAUGUUGCAGCAGCAGCAGAUUAUACCGCAGCAGCAACAACAGCAAAGGAUGCAAAUGCAGCAGCCGCAACAGAUUGUUGUGAAUCAGCAAAUUCUAAGCGAUCCGCAGCGCUUGCAGUACCUACAACAACAGCAGUUGAUGCAAAAGCAACAGCAACAGCAGCAGCAACAACAGCAGCUAGUGGGACCGCAACAGCAACAAAUCCUUAUACAACAGCAGCAGGCCCCCCAACAGCAGCAGAUAUUGCAGCAGAAGCUUUCCAACGAUCCCCAACAGCAACAACAAAUAAUGCAGCUUAUCACGCAACAACUUCCGCAACGCACGCCGCCACCUCAACAGCAACAACAACAACAACUGCUGCUGCAGCAAUCUCCGCAACACCAUCAGCAAAUGCCACAACAGCAUUGGUCGCCCCAGAGCCCUGCUGGCGGUCAGGUGGCCCCCAGUACUCCAGGAACUCCGGGGAUGCAAUCCCCGUUGUCCAGCGUACCAACCACGCCGCAGCCGCAAACACAGCAGCAAUUUGUCCCGCGUGGGUUGCGCCCGCAAACCUCUUGGCCCGGUCAGGCACAGCAGCAGCAACCUCAACCUCCUCAGCAACAGCAACAGAUCGUCCUGCCGCCACCCCAACAACAACAACAACAGCAGCAACAGGCACAGGUUGGCCAACAACAACAGCUGGUACUGCAGCAGCCCCAGCAACAGAAAAUAGUGGUGGAUGAGAAAACACACACGCAUCUCAUGUCGUUGGAUGUUCACAAGAGAGCAGAAUACAUCGCCAAGUUAAAUCAGCAAAAUCAGCAAAACAAACCACGGGUAAUGCUGCGGCAGCAGGUUGCCUACCAGCCACGACCCGGAGCACCGGGAAACAUAGUCUCAACACGACAUGCCGGUCCUGUUCCUCCCGGUCACAUUAUUGUCCAACAGCAAAUGCCACCUGGAUUAACGCAACAGCAACAGGUGCUCUGGCUGCAGGCACAACAAGGCAAACGUCAGGUUGUCGUACGCGCCGGAACUUCUGGCCUGAGUCCCAUUCAGCAGCAGCCGGGAGUGGGACCUCCGCAGCAGCAGCAGUCGCCGCAGCAGCAGGCUUUUAAUCCUAAUGAUCCCAACCAGCAAAUGCUGAUGCAGCGCCAACAGUUGCGAGUACAGCAGAUUCCCAUCCAGCAGCAGGGACCUCAGCAGCUCGGGAAGCAAACGGUGCAGCUCAUGACUGGGCCCAACGGGCAGCUGAUCGAGCAACAGACGAUCGUCCAACAGCCGCAGCAGCAGUCCGCUCCGGGCACGCCCACCACUCCAGGCGCUGGGGGCGUUCUUCCCGGAAAUGCCAACAUAAUGACACAAACCCUGGUCAUGACAUCAACAACUCCUGAUGGUCAGCCGCAACAAACACCGCAGCAAAUGAACCUGAAGACCAAGACGGCACUGGCCAACAUGCUAAGUAAUCGGUUAGGAAACAAUGGAGCUCAGACACCGCAGCAGCAACUAAUUCAACUGCCCGAUGGUCAGCAACAACAGCAGCCCCAGCAGCAGCAGAUUGUGCAGCAGGUGGUGGUGACCGGAGCUAUUCAGCAACAGCAACAACAAUUGCUCCUGCAACAACAACAGCAGCAGCAGCAACAAAUGGUUGUCCAACAGCAGCAGCAUGUCGAACCACCAUCAGCAGCUGGUGCUCUCAGAAUGAUGGGCCAGCAACACAGCGCCUCUGCCGGAGUGCCUGGACCUCCGCGAACUCAACAGGAGUUGCUAAUGCUGCAGCAGCAACAACAACAACAGCAGCAACAACUGCUGCAACAGCAGCAAAUGCGCAGAGUGGUUGCUCUUCCGCAACAACAGCAGGCACCGCAGCAGCAUCUGGUCCAGCAACAGAUUGUUGUCGCUCCCCCGCAGUCGCCGCAACAGCAGCAACAGAUGGCUGUGGGUGUGGGCGUGGGUGUGCCGGUACAGCGGACUCCUCACGGCUACAUUCAGGCCCGUCCGGGACAGCCACCGAUACCGAUGCCCCAGUUCUACGGUCACAAUCCAAAUCUAAAGCUGCCGGCUGAUCUUUUCCUGGUCGGCUGCACUUUCUACAUAGUGGAAUACGACGAAACAGACGGCGAUGAGCUCCCCAUCUGGCUAGAUACGAUCCGGCAGUUUGGCGGUGACAUCGAACGAGUCUACUGCCCCAGGGUUACCCACGUUAUUUGCCGCACUCAGCGGCACGGCGUAGUGAUGCAGGCGUUGCGGGAUGCCAAGCGUUGCGUCACAGCCUACUGGCUAAGUGAUAUUUGCCUAAAGCGGCAGCUGAUGCCUCCGUGGCAACCGCUGCACUUGCCUUUCCCAAGCCAGUUUGGCUAUCGGAAGCCGUUAGAACGCUAUAUAAUAACCUCCGAGGGAUUUGAGGGCGAAGAGGUGGUGAGGCUGCAGCAGAUGGCCGAGGAAUGCGGAGCCAUCUACACCUCCUAUCUUUCCAAGGUGAACACUGUGGUCGUAUGCAAGCAACUCGAGGGGAAUAAGUUUAAUGCGGCCAAGGAGUGGAACAUCCCGAUGGUCAAUGCUCUUUGGCUGAGCGACGUCUGCAUCGGCAACCUUAGUGGCCUCUCGCAAUACGACAAUCCCAAGUACCAGCAGUACAAUCUGGUCGCUCCCUUCCGCAUCGAAUGCAAUUUGGUGGCGCACCUGCUGACUGCUUGGAAGGCGCCUAUCAAUCUCACACAGGAGGCGCACGAGCGGGUCAAGCGCCAUCUGUCCGAUCCCUAUGGCAACGAGCACAAACUUAAGCGCCAGAAGAUGAACUCAUUUCAGCAGGAGCAACUGCCUGAGCAAAUUGUGUGCCUCGAAUAUCCUACAACCACCAAGCCACCCAAGGUUAUUUUCUCCCAGGUCGCGGAUGCCGAGGCACUUAAAAAGGCAGUGUUGAUUUUGGGUGGAAUUGUGGUGGACAACCCUGCAGAUGCCACUCACCUGGUGAUGACACGCGAGAGUCGAACCUGCAAGCUGAUUCAGGCCUGCUGCCAUGUGGACUAUGUGCUUAAGUCGAGCUGGAUUGCGGAUAGUGCCAAAGCUGGUAAAUUUGUGCCCACCGAUUCAUAUCGCAUACAGCACAUACCGGUGGACGAGAACCUGCAGUUCAAUCUGAACACUGUUCUGUGCGCACCUACGCGUUCCACGCUGUUUGCGGGAAAAUACUUUCACGUGACGCCGGACGUGUUCCCAGCCCGCGAGGAAAUCAUACGAAUGAUUGAAUCGUCUGGGGGCAAAGUGGAGCCAAAGCGGAGAAGCGGGGCAGCUGUGUCCGAAACACACAUUCAGGCGCCCGACUCCUACUUCAUAGUGACCUGCCCCACAGACAUGCAUCUCUGCGCCGAUCUCACGCGUCACGGAAACCCAAAGUGCCACAUUGUGUCCACGGAGUUCGUCAUGAGCUCGAUACUCAGGCAGCAGCUGGAGAUUGAGCCCAACCUGAUACCCUACUUGUAUAACAACAACAAUGUCAAUAGCUGCAACAGUAACAAGUCCUAGCGCCGAGUGUUCUGGUUAUUGUAGACCUGAGAUGAGGUCUCAGACUUACUGUAUAGUCACAAAAGAAUUUAUGCGACCUGUUAUUUAAGUACAUAAGAGUAUGACAGUUAGAAAAUUGAGCCGCUUCAGUUGACCAAUGCAAAUAUUAAAAGCCUACCAACUUCUUAUGAUGAACCAACACGAAACUAGUCCACAGAAUUCGUCAAUUCAUUAAGGCAUGCUAGAACGGUAGAGUUUUUACGGUCUUGGGCACAUCAGCAUAUCGGUCAUUAGUAAUACGUAAUGCAUCUUUAUUUUAAGGUAAUAAGUUUUCGCUUAUUUUUAUUCGUCUACUCUAGCUCACAUUGAAUUGUAAAUAUUUUUAAGAGAAUUAUCUUCUCUUUUUAAUCUGCUAAUAUCAAACAAAUAGAUUGUAUAUUUAAAGAAUGGUCGUUCCAUAUAUCUAUAUAUCAUUUCGGAACAUUUGGCAAUAUUUGGACGGCCCUUAGAUAGCCCAUUAUUUAACGAAGUACAUUUUGAAGAGCUCGACCGAUAUGUAUAGAAUUAGAAUAUAUGAUUGCAUGUAACAAAGAACUACCUUAAAUAGUGUUAGGAAUAAAGAUUCAUACAAUCAUUUUAUAUAUUUUUAUAGGUUCAGGAACCUUUAGCUUGAAAAAGUCACACAAAUAUACACAUAUAUUUCCUAGAGUAUACGAAAUGUUUCACAGAAAUUGAUAUUGUCGGCUAUUAGUAUAUUAAGUACUUUUCACAUAGGUAAAGCCAAUAUUUUCCGAUUUAAU